UACUGGCUCUGCGCCAGGCCUCUGCGAAUGGCCUCUGUAGGUGAAGAGAUGACCUUUCCCAGCCCAACACUCAUCACUCCUGAAUUUCCUUCAUUAUUCUGAGACUUGGGAUCAUAAUUAACAUCUCCAAAUUCCCUCCUCCUCGGAGAAGUACUGGAGUACUUCGAGAUUAAAGGAGGCUCCCGAGUGAUGAUCAGGAGGCCGGGGGACCACGCCCAGUGAAUCUUGGCCAGUUGGGUGAGUGACGCAGUAUUCCUUUACAUUUCAAGGAGAGAAGCAGUGAUGAUUUUUACCCAAUGGAAGAAUGAUGUAGUACCUUCCUGAUACUUUUCUCAUACUUUCAGGUCUACUCUUGCUCUCUGCUCCACAUCUGGAAGGCUGUGAUGGGAAGGAACGGAAAACUUGGAGGUUUCAUCUAUUAUUCCUUAGAAACAGAGAACCUCUCACCGUAGUGCUUGAUUUCAAGGCAUACAACUUGCAGGGGGCAAAAAAUGGAUGCAAGGAGCUUUGGGAUCUGCCAACACCUGUUUCCUGUGGUCUAGUCCAGGGACGCCCUCGUGAGGGCCCCAGACCUUCUGAGAUGUCACCAAUUCUGGACACAUGUCUGAUUACUGAGUGAUGAUGGUCCGCCGGGGGCUGCUUUCGUGGGUCUCGCGGGUAGGGGUGUUGCUGGUGCUCCUCUGCUGUGCCAUCUCUGUACUCUACAUGUUGGCGUGCACGCCGAAAGGUGAUGAGGAGCAGCAGGGGCUACCCCGGGCCAGUGGGCCCACAGGGAAGGAGGGGUACCAGGCUGUUCUACAGGAGUGGGAGGAGCAACAGCGCAACUACAUCAGCAGCCUCAAGAAGCAGAUCUCUCAGCUCAAAGAAGAAUUGCAGGAGAGGAGCGCGCAGUUUAAGAACACACCGCACCUCUCCAGGGAGCCUGGGGGCCUUGACCCAGGGCCUGCUGAGAAAAGCCAGGCGGACCUGCUGGCCUUCCUGCACUCUCAGGUGGACCGAGCUGAGGUGCACACUGGCGUCAAACUGGCCACUGAGUACGCAGCAGUGCCUUUUGACAGUUUCACCCUGCAAAAGGUUUACCAGCUAGAGACCGGUCUGACCCGCCAUCCAGAGGAGAAACCUGUGCGGAAGGACAAGCGGGAAGAGUUGGUAGAAGCAAUUGAGUCGGCCCUGGAGAGCCUCAACAGCCCUGCGGAGAGCAGCCAGAAGCAGCGAACUUACACGGCCUCGGACUUCGUAGAAGGGAUCUACCGAACAGAAAAGGAUAAAGGCACUUUGUAUGAACUCACUUUCAGAGGAGAUCACAAGCAUGAAUUCAGACGACUUGUUUUGUUUAGGCCAUUUGGCCCUAUCAUGAAAGUUAAAAAAGAGAGACUCAACAUGGCCAGGACUCUUAUCAAUGUCAUCGUGCCACUGGCAAAGAGAGUGGACAAGUUUCGGCAGUUCAUGCAGAACUUCAGGGAAAUAUGCAUACAACAGGAUGGGAGAAUUCACCUCACAGUUGUUUACUUUGGGAAAGAAGAAAUGAAUGAGGUCAAAGGAAUACUUGAAAACACUUCCAAAGCUGCCAACUUCAGGAACUUUACCUUCAUCCAGCUGAAUGGAGAAUUUUCUCGGGGAAAGGGACUUGAUGUUGGAGCCCGCUUCUGGAAGGGAAGCAAUGUCCUCCUCUUUUUUUGUGACGUGGACAUCUACUUCACUUCUGAAUUCCUCAACACUUGCAGGCUGAACACACAGCCAGGGAAGAAGGUAUUUUAUCCAGUCCUUUUCAGUCAAUACAACCCAGCUAUAAUAUAUGGCCAUCACGAUGCAGUCCCUCCCUUAGAACAGCAGCUGGUCAUAAAGAAGGAGACUGGAUUCUGGAGAGACUUUGGAUUUGGGAUGACAUGUCAGUACCGCUCAGACUUCAUCAAUAUAGGUGGCUUUGACCUGGACAUCAAAGGCUGGGGUGGAGAGGAUGUGCACCUCUAUCGUAAGUACCUCCACAGCAACCUCAUCGUGGUGCGGACCCCUGUGCGCGGACUCUUCCAUCUGUGGCAUGAGAAGCGCUGCGUGGAUGAGCUGACUCCCGAACAGUACAAGAUGUGCAUGCAGUCUAAGGCCAUGAAUGAGGCAUCUCACGGGCAGCUGGGCAUGCUGGUCUUCCGGCACGAGAUAGAGGCCCACCUUCGCAAACAGAAACAGAAGACGGGCAGCAGGAAAACAUGAAUUCCCAAGGAAUAGACUUGGGGAGUCAUUUUGGGUUUUUUCCCUUAAUUAUUACCACAUCGGUGGCUGAAACAAGAAAAAUAUCUCCAUAAAGGGCAAUAAAGGAUAUGAUUGAUGAGAAUAGGGAGGAAAAGAGAGAGCCUUCAAUUUUGGGCUGGCUAUUUGGCUUUAUGCAACAGGAAUGAAAAUUUCUUACUGUGUCAGCAAGCACCAUGGCCCAAAUAUACCUCGUGUGGCAUGUAACAAAGGAAGAAGGAUUGUGAUAUUAUAAGACUAGUCAUGUGGAGGUCUUGGUGAUGUUUACAGCAGUGAGAGCUAUUGUUUCUAUGCUUAUUGAAAUAUUCAUGAAUUAAGGCCAGUUUGAAGGCAGGCACAUUUCUCUCCGGAAGAAUGAUUACAUCUGUAGAACUGUAGUGUCUGGGAGUGCUACAGAAGGAGACAAAAAUAUGAACAUACUCACAUUACCAUGCUUUAGAGUAUAGUAAGCCAAAUCCAAAUGGACUUAAAAGGGAAAAGAAACCUUAACUAUUGUGUCAUUUCCUUCCAAAACUAACCAAAACCAAUCUGUUCACCUUUUUGGUUAUAAGUUUAAGUAUCUUUGUUAAUUGAUUUCAAAAUGCAUAUCUCUUUUUUGCUUUAUAGUUAUAUUCUUCUUAUUUACCAAUUUUCCAAUCUUGCAAAGAAAGCACAAAUUAGCAAACCAUUUAGUAUUUUUAAGAAGACACUUUUGAAUGCAAUAUGAAAACUUCCUGUUCAAAGCACUGGAUCAAUUCCUCACUGCAGGGUAUGCUGAAUGCUAGGGUAUUCUUAGAUACUGCUUGUUUGCCCCUUUUCUGCCUCGAAGGCACGUUUGUAGGGCUUCUGGAAGGAGGAAAUACAGGGACACUUCAUUUGAAGAG